ACAAAAGAAAUGUACAUGUCGAAGAAAAUUUGACCUGGCCCACUUUAUGGUCGAUUGCUUGAAUGUGCCCGAAUACUAUCGAGCUGUAUUGGGAUCGCCUCAAAAGCUUAACUAAAUUAAACGAAUCCCACCAGAAAUCUCCGAGCCUUAUCAGUUGAACUUGGAAAACAUACCGAUUAAGUGCACGUUUUUCCGUCAAAUUAACAGCGUCAAAGUUCAUAAUGGUGAAACACAUAAUCAUUUUCGGAUCUACUGGAGUGACUGGCCUUUGCGUGACUGCAGCAGCCUUAGAGCGCGGCCUUAAAAUCAGAGCGUUUGUUCGAGACCCCACCCUGCUUCCAGAGCCUUUGCAGAAACGCGUGGAAAUUGUAAAAGGCGAUGUUUUAGAUUAUAGUGCAGUCUCAAAUGGGGUAAAAGGAACUGAGGCUGUUGUUGUGGCCUUAGGCACGCGUUCUGAUCCCAGCCCCACCACCGUUCUGAGCGAUGGGCUUCGCAACAUUAUCUCGGCCAUGAAAGAGGAAAAUGUGGAAAUUAUUUCCGUGUGUCUUUCCGCGUUUCUGUUCUUCGACAUCGAGUCGGGUUUGGUGCCGGAUCGGCUGAAGGAUCUAACGAAGGAACAUCGGCGAAUGUACGAUGCUCUAAAAGUGUCCGAUUUGAAGUAUGUUGCCGUUUUCCCGCCGCACAUUUCACCGGAUCCGGCCACAGGAUACAUAGUUGCUCACGACAUGUACAUUUCCAGAAAAGUUUCCAAAUAUGACCUGGCGAAUUUUUUGCUGGACUGUUUGGACCUGAAGGAGUAUUACAAGUCAGUUAUUGGAAUCGCUUCAAAACGAUAUUAGACGCGAAUGUAUAAGCGAACUAGUAAGUGAAAAUUUUCAUUUAGGAAAAGUUUCAUUUAUAGAGCUUCAGCUUGAUUUGGAAUAGAAUCUGUUUCUGGUUUUA